AGGCUAGGGCUCACAGCCAGAGGUUCCAUCCAGCCGACCUUGAAGCCGACCCUGAGGGUAGACGUUUGUGACAACCGUGACGACCGCGUCCGUUUUUUCUUGGUCUUCCAGCCAUGGGCAGCCGGAGGAGGUCCCGUACCCCGCCUGGACAAAGUCUCCAAGAGACCAAGCAAAGCUUGUACAUCUCCAAGCAGCUGGUGAGCUUCGGCCGAUACCCCACGCACCGGCCGAAGGGCCUCCGUGUUUGCGAGGGCAGUUUGACGCUCAACAACCUGAUGGAGUGCUGGGCGCAACCUGAAGGAUUCUCGCGGCUGGACGUCCUGAAUGCUGUGCGAAAGCACAUGUUUCAUGAGGGUGGCCAGGAGCUACGCUUUGAGCUCACCCAGGAGGGGCAAGACAAAGUCAUCAAAGUGAAGCCCCGGAGAGGCGCAGGCAGGCCGUUGGAUGAGGAGAGAGGCUCGGAGCGGCGUCAGCGGUCCAGAGUAUCGACUCCUUUGUCUACACCGUUGUCGACACCGCGUUCUACGCCGUUGUCGACGCCGCGUUCUACACGAGACAAGUUGAAUGCGUCACUGGAUGAUAUCAUCCACGAGGAGAACCGAGGCGACCAAAGCGCACCUCCUGGUAGCUCCCGAGAACCCUUCGCCACAUUCUCGCGGCCGAGCCUGCAGCGGAAGAUGGAUCAGAUGGGCCUCACGCCGCAGACGAAACACCUCAGAAGGCCGCCAAUGAGCGACCGAGGCGGCCGACAUAGAGGAGGGCGUGACGAUGCGAUGGACAGGGCACCCGAGCGCGUGGUUCCCAAGAAGCCGCCCAUCCCCACGCCCAGAGAGGUGGCCCAAAGCAAGGCAGCGCCGCCUCGGCCAGACACGGUGCAGGACCUCAUCGAUAUCGGCAUGAACCCCGAUGAGCCCAGCGAGAGCAGCGAGGAGAUUGCGGCCUCGGCACCCGAGCCAGGCAACCCCGACGCUGCUGAAAUGGACCUCCCCGACGGUCCUCCGGGUCCUCAUUGGGAAGUGUACGACGACUCAGGCACCACCUGGUGGUUCUACGAUGGGCCGAAAGGCAAGUUUGCAUGCCUGGGACCGGGGCAAGAAGUCCAGCCGAUCACGCAGGAUACGUGAGAAGUCUCACAGGAAUCGAGCUAGGCUCUCGGCUUGCUUCUUUCAUGAAGCAUUCAACCUCCCGCCUGUUGCCUUGGCCCAAUUUCGUGCCCAGAGGCAAUUCGGCAGGUGUUCAAAGACGUGGACCGCCCCUCUUACACAGAGCUUGCCGGGUCCUUGCCACAAUUUUAAAGGCACCACUGUGAGCGCCGGGGUGAAAGCUAUGGGUUUGGAGAUGGAGUGAUUCCGUGAG